UCAGUGAUUUUCCUCACGUUCUUCCUCCUCACAGCGGAGGCAGUGUCUGACCACUCUUUCUUUCUUCUUCUUUAAAUAUAAAACAUAUUAAAUGAUGACUUUAUCUCAAUCUUUCCUUUAUUUUCUAAAUGUUAUGACUUAAUUGUCACAUUUUCUCUCUCUCUCUCUCUCUCUCUCUCUCUCUCUGUGUGUGUGUGGUUGUCAUGAGGACGUGUCAUGUGAUCAGCUGAUUCUCUCAGUUUAAACUCAGAUGUUUCAUCAUUCAGCAGCUGGAACACACAGAAACACGCAUCAUGGAGAGAAAACUGGAUUUAUCCCGUCUGACGGACGAAGAGGCCAAACACGUCUGGGAGGUGAUUCAACGAGACUUUAACCUCCGAAAGAAAGAAGAGGAGAGAAUCGGCGACCUGAAGACUAAAAUCGAGAAGGAGGAUACGAAGCGAGAGCUGCUGGGCUCUCAGAGUCAGCUGUCUGACUCGCUCUGCAUCCGCUGCCUGCAGCCCUUCAAGUUCCUGGUCAACAGUAAGCGUCAGUGUCUGGACUGCCGCAUGUACACCUGCAAGUCCUGCAGCCGCUACAACAAGAAGGAGCACGGCUGGGUGUGUGACAACUGCCGCAUGACCAGAGUGGUGAAGAUAGGUACUGUCGGUUGGUACCACGACAACGUGAGAAACCGCUUCAAACGCUUCGGCAGCGCCAAGGUGAUGAGGUCACUGUACAAGAGGCUGAACGGAGACGGUGAGUAUGCCAUCACCUGUGCUAAGAUAAAAAUUCCUUUUUAUUAUUUAUCUACGUUACUUCCUGUUUCUUCUUCAGGUGGCCGCGAUGACGACACUCAGAGUAUGCCGGACGUCCGCAGCCAUGUGUACAACGGGGCCGAGGACGACCAUGGAGAGGCCGACGCUCAGCGCUACAAAGUGAUGAGGAAGAGUAAACGUCUGCUGUCGGUUCAUCCUCUGGACUUCGACCCUGAGGAAUAUUUCCCUCAUUCACGUCGACCGUCUGUACAGCAGAUGCAGGAGGAUCGAGCUCACAGGAACGAUGUGGACUACGAUAUGUACAACCACCGAGUGAACCGCAGGAAGAGUCUGGACCGAUACGCCAUGAGACCUGAUGACUACGGAGAGAGCAGGAUGGUCCGGACUCGCUCUCUAUCUAAGAUCAGCUCCUCGGUGGCUCGGCAGCAGUACGUCGACACCUCUGAUGAGGAAGAUUACCCGAGAUACCCCCCCAUGUACCAACAGCCCCCCCACCGCCGCCGCAACAGCAGAGCGUCCUCGCAGGAGAACCUUGGACAAGCCCCGCCCAUGAACGAGCUGAACAAACGCAUGUUUGCCAUCGAGAGUCUGCUGAGCCGCCUGGAGGAGAAGAUGACACCAGCUGACGAGACAUCGGCUCCAUCGGGUCAGAAUGAGGAGGAGAAGCUGAGGAGGAAGCUGAGUGAGCUGGCGGGGAACCUGAGUGAUAAGGGCCUGUCGUCAGACGACGAGGCCGGGAAGAAGCCCUUCUCUGUGGGUAAAGGUCCGGCUGGCGUCAGGGGUGGCCCCUCGGCCACUCUGGACUCUCUGAAGGACAAAGAACUGAGCUCAUCCAGCGACGAGAUGCCUACAGAGGCCCAGAAGAGAUCAACUGCUGCUGCCCUCUGUGACCUCACCACUGAGGUCCUGAGAACCAUUAAUGCCACAGAAAACGCAAUGGUCGAGUACGGCCUCUCAGAGCCGGUCGACAGAUCCCACUUAGUAGGCACUGACGUUAAGCAAGCAGAUGAUGCUUUCAGGGAACUUGAGGAAAAUGUGUACAUUGCAGCCGGUCAGUCGUACGAACUGGAGACGAAGCUGCGGCGACUCGAGCAGAGCGCCAAGAACCGUUUCGGAGGGACGACGGACUCGGAGCUGUCGGAGCUGGAGGACGUGGUGGCGCUGACCGCCGCCAGAGUCCAGAGCGCCGAGAGCGAGGUGUCGGAUAUUGAGAGUAAGAUUGCUGCUCUGAACGCUGUAGGAUCGAAGAAGAAGGUUUCUGGAGCUCAUCAGAGGAAAAAAUCAACACAAGAGUUCUGCAAAAACACAAACGGAGCUCAGUGGAAAUCAAACAACAUGUACUAAACCUGCUGGAACCAGCUGAGAGCAACACAAAGCUUGUUGUUGUUGUUGUUGUUGUCAUUCACACUUUAAGAUUAAAGUUAAUAAAACUACAAAAAUACUAAUUCAGAUUAAAGAGUGAAAAAUGUGUGAAUUCAACAUUAAUCUUCUUUUUCCUUUUUGGCUCUAAAAUGAAUUCCUUUAUUAUUAUUAUUAUUAUUAUUAUUAUUUAAUAUAAAUAUUCUCUCGUCCUUCAAAAGACACAAAAAAUAAAAAUGUUUACAAAUAGAAAACUGAAAAACGUCCAUAAAAAAUUAAAAGAUAAAAUAAAAGAUAAAAAUCCAAAAAUAAAAUAGAAUAUAAAUAAAAUAAAACAAUUUAGAAUUCAAAGUAAAGAUUUUCAAGAAAUAAUUAAAAUCUACAACCUUUUUUUUUUAGAUAAAACAAAUAAAGAACAUUAAUUUAGUUUAAUUACAGUUAAAAAAGGUUUCUGGUUUCUGUAAAAAAGUUCAUUAAUUAAUAAACUGAAUAAUCAGAAUUAUAAAUGUGAAAAAUCUGAGUCUUCAAAUAUUUUACAAACUUUUAAAUCGAUGUAAUCUUGGCAGCUUUGAGCUUCCGUAGAAUUUAAAUGAUCAGCUUUUUAACAGAAAUAAUUGAUUUGUUUCAUGUUUUCAGCAUUUCUGAUCAGGUCUGAUAGGAUCAAUAUAUUUACACAAUGAUAUCAAUGAAUUCCAGGAUAACAAGAGAAAAAUCUAUUGAUCGACUGCUGAUCGUAAAGAGGAUGUUAUUGAUCAGUAUUGGUAAUAUUGACGUUUAGAAGAAUAAAAACGUUUAGUUUGAUGGAUGUAUUGAUUAUUGAUGAAAGGGAAUACUGUUUUGAUGAUGAUAAGUGAUGGAUGUAUUGAUUAUAGAUGAAAGGAAAUACUGUAUUGAUGAUGUUGAUAUUUGUGUCGGUGUUCGGCUUUCUGAUCAAUAAACAAUCAAUAAAAGAC